AUGAAAGAGAAAGACAUUGAUGCACUUCUAAAAGAUAUUCCAAAUUCCAAAUCUGAAGAAGUCAAAGACAAAUACAUAUUACAAGAAGAAGUUCGGCAACUGCAAGAGGCACUAACCAAUAGUACAAAAAAAAUUACCCAUUUGCAAAAGGCAUUGGAAUCUAAGACAGCUGCCCUCCAGGAACUUGGGACAGAGCAUGAAGAAUUAAUGAAAAAGAUGGAUAAUCAGCAUCAAAAAAAUUCUGAUAGUGAUGAUUCUCUCUCUCGUGAGGCUUUGGGAAAUCGUGAAAAUUGGCGUAAUCUUUCGGAAUCAAAGGAUGAUCUUUUGGAAGAAUUGAAAGAGAAGACAACUGAAGCAAAUCAGCAGAAAGCAUUUUUGGACAAUUUGCUGUCAGCCGUAGUGAAGCAUGCUCCAUGGUUGUUGGAUGAUGUAGAUGCUGAUUUGGAGAGCAUGGCUACCAUGUCACAUGUUGAAGAAUGGUGUUAG